CUUCGUCUGAGUGCGAGGAGGACGCUUUAAGGAGUAUCCGUGCUGCUGCUAUCAGCGCCCCGCUAGUCUUCUCUCUCCGACGCCAUAAAGUCCCUGUCGCUCACUUGGUGCAAAGCUGCUCCAAGUCUCGGAGGAGAGACAUUAACGCCACAUUUGAGGAGGCUGCAGAGAAGUCUAAAAAAAAAACAAAAAAACAACAACAACCCUGCUGAGUUCCAUACAGUCUCCGGGCAAGGAUGGAAGAAAAUGAACUGCUGCUGCACAGAAGAUAAAGAUAAUGGGACGCUCUAGAGAAUGCCACCAUUAUUCAUGAAAUACAUGCAAAAAGUAUAUUAAUAGCAAAUUAAUAUUAAAGCCAAGAUAAUGGAGCAGCAGCCUAACAGCAACUACAACCAAGCCUUGUGGAAAGAGAUUCCGUGGGAUUUCACAGAGGACUGUUCACUCUCACUGAGCGGAACCACUUUCCUGAUUGUGGCGUACAGUGCCGUUCUCGCCGUGGGUCUUGUCGGGAAUUCAUGCCUGGUGUUUGUCAUCGCUAGGCACAAGGAGAUGCGCAAUGUCACCAAUAUCCUUAUCGCCAACUUGUCCUUUUCUGAUAUUCUUAUGUGCAUCGUGUGUUUGCCGGUUACGAUCAUCUACACGCUGAUGGACCGCUGGAUCAUGGGAGAGACGCUGUGCAAGCUGACACCAUUCAUCCAAUGUAUAUCGAUCACCGUCUCCAUUUUCUCCCUCAUCCUCAUCGCCAUGGAGCGCUACCAGCUCAUCGUCCACCCCACUGGAUGGAAGCCGAUGGUGAGGCAGUCCUACUUGGCGGUGGCGCUUACCUGGAUCACAGCCUGCCUAAUCUCGGUGCCUUUCCUCAAGUACAGCAUCCUUACAUUGCCUUUCCAGAACCUUAGCGCCCCCUUCCCAGUCAAUGAGCAACUUGUUUGUAUGGAACGGUGGCCAUCUGUGAACGCACGCCGGGCUUACACCACAUCGCUGCUCAUCUUCCAGUAUUUCCUCCCACUUUGCCUCAUCAUGCUAUGCUACGUGCACAUCUACCUGCGGCUGAGGAGGAGGAAGGACAUAGUGGAACGCAGUAGGAACACCACGCAGAAGAACAACAAAGGCUCCACAAGGAUCAAUGUCUUGUUAACCUCCAUAGUGGUGGCAUUCGCCCUUUCCUGGCUCCCUCUCAACAUCUUCAACGCUGUCUUUGACUGGAACCACGAGGCCAUCCCAUCCUGCGGGCAUGAUAUCAUCUUCUCCUUCUGCCACCUUAUCGCCAUGGCAUCCACGUGUAUCAACCCCAUCAUCUACGGGUUCCUCAACAACAACUUCCAGAAGCAGCUCAAGUCCACGCUGCUGCACUGCCGCUGCUGGGGGGUCACAGAGCGGUACGAGAGCGUACCGCUCUCCACCGUCAGCACGGAGGUUACCAAGGGGUCGGUCUUGAGCAACGGUUCCAACAGCAUCAAUACUUAAAGCGAAACCUUUUGGUGGAAAACUGGGGACAUCUUCAGCUGUGUUUGUCUGUGCAGCUUCUGUUUUGUUCAAGUGAGGUUGACAUUUACAAAAAACCCGUCAAUAACUACCCACGUGGACAUAAAGACACUCCACCACCAUGACCGAUGCCUUUUAAUCAUCAUGGUUCACAACUAAAAGGAAGUGGAUGACAAAAUGAUGGGACAAAGUUCAGAGAGACUUGACCUAUUAAAGUACGAUGACACCUAACAUAAAAACUUUGUGCAAACUGCACCCUGUACAGUACUGUGGCACCAUAAAAUAUGUAUUUUUGCCAUUUAGAAACAAGGAUACACGUCAUGCAGUAAGUAUCCUUUACAUACAGAUGUCAUUGUGUUUGAAUAGCUGCAGCUUGCUUCGCAAACCUGACUUAUGAGCAUUGGAAAAGCAACAAACAGCGUGUAAAGGUGGGGGGGGGGGGACAUUGCAAAUGCUAAAAGUAUUGAUGACUGUAAAACCGAGUGUGACCCGUGACGUGUUAAUGAUUAUUGACUGAGUGGCCUAUUACACAGUUGAAGGAUAGAACAUAAUAGUGCUUUCACUGUGGCUUCAGGCGUUUAAUGACAUUAUCUUAAUGUGAUUCUGAUUACCCAAACACACAAACAAUGUCAUAAAACUCACAAAAAAAAAGGCAUUCCAUAUUGCCCACUGGGGUCUGUGAAUCUUGGAUGGUGUAGAUUUGCUGAUGAAUUGUGCCAUAGAAGUGAAAUGAGCAGCUCAGGACAAAUGAUGGUUCUUUGCUGUAUAUAAGCUUAUAAUAUAAAUGUAUGGACUGUAAAACGUGACAGUUUAUUGUGUGGUCGGCAAUAAAGAGCACUGUGUAGCAUAGCCUGAAUAUUUGGUGAUAUAUUAAGUUAUAGUUACAGUUUUGGUGACUAUUUCACACUUUUUCACACCGUCUAUCACAGCUUUAUCUGAUAAUUGCUUUUCCGUUAAAGACAAAAUAAUACAUUGAACAUUUUGCACCUUGCCCAAGAUCAACUCUGAGCCAACGGAUAUUGUGUAUGUCAGCUCUGUGAUAUUUUAAAAAGAACACACACUCACACACACACGAGGUCAAAGGCAGUCUUUUGCACAUUAUUCAGUCUCAGAUCACACAUUCAGAUGAUGAAUAAAUCAAUGUUGCAUCUGGUGCCUGAAAUGUUAAAUAGUGUGGGGAGGAAAAAACAACACUCAGCUCAGAGCUCAGUGGGAAUUGUGCUAAAUAUUCAAGCUGAUGGAAGACAUUUCAGCACAUGAUGACUCGUCACUUCAUCAGGUACACCUGCACAAUCCAAUGAGAGCUAAAUGAAGAGUGACUUUUACAUAGGUAAUGCUCGGUUUGGAUUAUUAGAGUCAUUUUUCCAAGGCUAUCAUUCCAUGAUGCUGGUUGACUUCCACGUUGUUUUGAUUUAUGAUUGGCCACAAUAAAAGGCCAAUUCAAAAUGUGCAGUUUAACUACAUUGGGGGCCCGAAAACCAGUCAGUACCUGCUGUGACAUCUUCCUUAAAUACUCAAUACACUGAUCCAGAGCAUCCCAGACAUACUUAAUGGGUGGCAUGAUGGUUGAGUAUGCCGGCCAUGCAAAUACUAUGUUUUCUGGUUCCAGGAAUUGUAUACAGAUCCUUGCACAUAUAUUAUCAAGCUGUAACAUCCUUGUGAAUUCAAAAGACCAUCAAUACAGUAAAAUGCACCUGUGUUGUGGAUGGGGUAACAAUAAAAAAUAACAGAACAGGGGAUAGCAGAGAUUCUCAUUGGGAGUGACCAGGAUGGAUAGGAUCAGGAAGGAGUACAUCAGAGGGACAUUACAUGUUAGAGGCCUUGGAGAUAACGCCAGAGAGGCCAGACUGAGAUGGUUCGGACAUGUCCAGAGGAGAGAUAGUGAAUAUAUUGGUAGAAGGAUGCUGCGUUUAGAGCUACCAGGUAGGAGGCGUAGAGGAAGACCAAAGAGGACGUUUAUGGAUGUAGUGAAGGACAACAUGAGGGUAGUUGGUGUGAGAGACAGAUGCAGAAAAGGGGUGAUUGAUUUGCUGUGGCGACCCCUGAAGGGAAAAGCUCAAAGAGAAAGAAGAAAAAAGCUAAUAACAGCUAAUAAAUUCAGUAUUGCAUUGCAUUUGGUCGUAAUUGUUGAUUAUUGUAAACCACUGGGUGGUGCACCAAUCAGCAAACGAGCUGCAAAAACUCCUGAGACUUCAAUUUGUGUCAAUUGACUCCUGAAAUCAACAAUAAUCCAUGACAUUCAGAUUCCAGACGCCUGACAGACAAAAUAAAAGUGUACCAACUAAGAAGUGAUGUUAUUUAUGCCUUGAAGCUUUUUGUGUUUUCAACGAUAAUGUCAUAAAGACAAAUGACGAGCUUCUCUAAAAGUGUUACUCACAACCUCUUAAUAAUGUUUACUAAAGGUAGCUUCUUAAAUUAGUUCACCGAAGGCCAUGUGCUUCGCCUGCCCUAAGAUGACCUUUUCUGACCUCUACUGGUCGCUGGGGAAGGAUGACGAGUCCAAAGGCAGACAUAGUCUAGCAACACAUUUAUAACGAUGCUGUCUUCCUACACUACUCACUGCAAAGAGAAGAUGGGGCCUUCUGGGCAUAUGGUGGAAUGAAAAACAUGAGAAUUAAUGAGUUCACCGGAUCUGACACUCCUAUUUUGAGUUAUUGCGGAAAGAUUAGCAUCUUGGCUCCCUGCAUUUUCAUUUUGAGAGAGUCUCUUGAAAGCAAUCAGAUCACAGGAACAACUCGAGCUGCUAAGUUGGCAGGGUACUUUCUGGAGCUGUUUAGGAAAUUUCAUUUUCUUCAGUUUUAACACAAGAUGAGAGGACAACUUUAUUUUUGUUUGCCUUCUUCCCCCAACAAUCUGUACAAACAUUCAUUUAUACACUAGGACCUGCUAAUGUUGCCAACCCAUCUUUGUCAGCCAAGGCGAGGUAAGUGUAUUCAUAGAGCAUAAUUCAUACACAAGGUAUGAAUCCAUCCAUGCAUUUUCAAUACCGCUUGUCCUCACUAGGGUUGCGGGUAUGCUGGAGCCUAUCCCAGCUGUCUUCGGACAAGAGGCGGGGUACACCCUG